AUGCCCGCGCUUUCCCGCUUGGUGCCAUUUGGGCCCGCCUACAGGGAUGAAAGCCGACUGUUGAUGCAGGAGGAGACGGUGGUGGAAGAGACGUGCCAGGCAGGGCCGCAGCGCUUCGCGCUGCUCCUGGUGCUCCUGGGGCUCGCCGCCGUCGGAUUGGGGUACGUCGGCCAGGACUCGCAUUUGGCGGAGCCUGACGACGGAAUCAUCGAGAAGGCCUGGGCAUGA